GUCACACAUCAGACAUUGAGUAGACAGAGCUAUGGAUAGGGGGGACAGAGAGGUGAUAGCUCCGUACUUCACGGGGAAGAACAAGGCACUGAAGCUCACUGAAGUGUUGGAAAUACUGGAGAACCCUGAUGAUACACGGGCUAUAGUAACACCCCCUGCUCAACCCCAUGGAGGAGACGGGUACUUGUACAGGGUGGAGGCAGACUCGGCGGAAGAUUCCUGGGAAAAUGACAACUACUACUUCAAGCACAAUGGUUCUCGUGAACAGCCUAAACCUUCACCCAAGGUUCUCAAGCAGGACUUCGUGGCUUAUAAAAGUGAUGGCACCACCACCGAGGCUUUUAAACGACAGGCAUACAACUUGCUCGAGGGAGACGUGAAAUAUAUAUUAGUACACUACAUUGGGAAAUGCACAGUAGCAUUAUCCGAUCCAAAAUAUGAGAAGCGUUUGAAUACAGCCCUCCACCAUGAAUCCCAGAUAGUGAACAGUUACGCGAUAAUAGCUGGUUCUGGAGAUGAAGAUGGUGGAGAUUGGGAGACCAGGGAUAUGGAAUGUGAUCAUGAUCGUGCAAAUACUAACUCUCCUACUUUCCUGGCUUCCUUAGAUGAAGUUAGCUCAAGGAAAAGGACACAUGACCCUGAUAUGGUAAAUCGUGUGAAAACUCCUAAACGUUCAGAAAACGAACAAGUAAUUGAAAACAAUUUGAUAGACAUCAUAACCACCGAAAGUGUUAGUCAUCAACAUGAUGAAAGACCGACCAACCUCAAGUCACUCACCGAAUGUUUGCUGAACAAACGUACUCAUAUCGUUAUCGCAAGACGUGUGUUGAAGCAGGCAAAAUACUGGGAGAAAAGCACCAGAUUUCCUACCUUUGACAGUCCAUGUUUAUCAUUAAUCGCUGACAUCGACUGUAAAUGGAGAAAUGACCUCACAGAAGUCAGUGACAGGUUGAAGUGGUCACGACUUAGCCCGGAUGUUCUCGGCGAAGACCAGUGCAAGGAUACGUAUCACAGACUGGUAUCUGCUGUCAUAGUAGGUGCAUAUCACAUGAAGACGGACAUCACAGAGUUUGUUGACACCCUCUAUAUGUACCCAUCACAUGUGAUGGGUGACAACGCCUUAACAGAUGACGACGAUGGGACGGAUCCUCAGAUGUGCAAGGUGGGGCCCCACAACAUACAGAGGAAUCAUCUCCUCGAUCAAACAGCAUGGCUUGGCGAUGAGGUGAUGAAUGCAUACAUGCAUGUCCUGAAGACCACGUGGAAUAGGAUCCACAGCCGCCACUGCGCUGUACUUGAUUCCUUCCUUGUCAACCAUUGGGAGAAAGACGAGUAUGACGUGCACCCCUGCAAGGAGGAACUUGGAACUUACACGUGGAUCCUGAUGCCAGUGAACAUGCCACUGAAUCAACACUGGGUGCUUCUGGUCGCCAAUGCCCAGGAUGGAACAGUGGGCGUGGUCAACUCUAAGCCUGUCCUUGAUGUAGGGGACAAACUUAUACAACAUUGGAGAAAAUAUACACGCUGUUUGAGGAGAGGUGAUGGGUCAGUGAUCACAUGGACAAAGACAGAAUAUCCAGUACUGAGUCAAAGUGAUGGACAUAGCUGUGGCGUGUUUGUGAAUAUGGCAGCAGAAGCUGUACUAUCGGAGGUGCCUCCUAGUGUCAUGAGAAGCUGCCACACUGUCUGGUACAGGAAGUACAUCUGGCGCAGGUUGCGAGAAUAUGCUGGUGAACAUAUUCCGCCUGAUACUGACACACAUAUGCUUGAGUCUCCAUGUGAAAAGCUGACAAAUAAUCCAGCGUCAACGAAUGCCAGAGCGUUUGCGUAUACAAUAGUCAAUAUGUCGACCAGCAUAGAUGAUACGAGAUACAGUUUGCAUAAAGCAGCCAGCCUCGGUGAUAUAAGACGCAUGCACUUGUUGAUAGACCAGGGGGAGGAUGUAGCAGGUACCGAUGACCGAGGAUGGACGCCUUUGCACUGUGCCUGUGAAAACGGUCACGUUACAGCUGUCUCUGAUCUGGUUUCCAGGAGGACGGGCGACGUACAAAAUAGAGCUCAACUUACAUUGUACAAUCCUGUCUUAGGAACGGAGUAUACGUAUCUAGCAGGAGCAUAUCCACUCCACAUUGCUUGUUUAAAUGGACAUGAGAAUGUAGCGCACAUUUUGAUCAAUAGCGAGGCAAAUGUUGACGACAAAAGUGAAAAUGGAACAACAGCUCUUUUUCUUGCUUCUAUUAACGGACAUGAAUCUGUAGCCGCACUUCUGAUCAAGAAUGGUGCAAGUGUUACAGCUGAGGACGAGGGCGGAUGGACGGCACUAUAUGUAGCUUGUCAGAAUGGACAUGAAUCUGUAGCCGCACUUCUGAUCAAGAAUGGUGCAAGUGUUACAGCUGAGGACAAGGACGGAUGGACGGCACUAUAUGUAGCUUGUCAGAAUGGACAUGAAUCUGUAGCCGCACUUCUGAUCAAGAGUGGUGCAAGAGUUACAGCUAAGGAAAAGGACGGAUGGACGGCACUACAUGUUGCUUGUCAGAAUGGAGAUGAAUCUGUAGCCGCACUUAUGAUCAAGAAUGGUGCAAGUGUUACAGCUGAGGAGAAGAACGGAUUGACGGCACUACAUCUAGCUUGCCAGAAUGGACAUGAAUCUGUAGCCGCACUUCUGAUCAAGAAUGGUGCAAGUGUUACAGCUGAGGAGAAGGACCGAUGGACGGCACUACAUGUAGCUUGUCAGAAUGGACAUGAAUCUGUAGCCGCACUUCUGAUCAAGAAUGGUGCAAGUGUUACAGCUGAGGAGAAGGACGGAUGGACGGCACUACAUCUAGCUUGUCAGAAUGGAGAUGAAUCUGUAGCCGCACUUCUGAUCAAGAAUGGUGCAAGUGUUACAGCUGAGGAGAAGGACGGAUCGACGGCACUACAUCUAGCUUGUCAGAAUGGACAUGAAUCUGUAGCCGCACUUCUGAUCAAGAAUGGUGCAAGUGUUACAGCUGAGGACAAGGACGGAUGGACGGCACUAUAUGUAGCUUGUCAGAAUGGACAUGAAUCUGUAGCCGCACUUCUGGUCAAUAGUGGUGCAAGUGUUACAGCUGAGGACAAGGACGGAUGGACGGCACUAUAUGUAGCUUGUCAUAAUGGACAUGAAUCUGUAGCCGCACUUCUGAUCAAGAAUGGUGCAAGUGUUACAGCUGAGGAGAAGAACGGAUCGACGGCACUACAUCUAGCUUGCGAGAAUGGACAUGAAUCUGUAGCCGCACUUCUGAUCAAGAAUGGUGCAAGUGUUACAGCUGAGGACAAGGACCGAUGGACGGCACUACAUGUAGCUUGUCAGAAUGGACAUGAAUCUGUAGCCGCACUUCUGAUCAAGAGUGGUGCAAGUGUUACAGCUGAACACAAAGACGGACGAACGGCAUUACAUCAAGCUUGUCAGGAUGGGCAUGAAUCUGUAGCCGCACUUCUGAUCAAGAAUGGUGCAAGUGUUACAGUUGAGGACGAGGACGGAUGGACGGCACUAUAUGUAGCUUGUCAGAAUGGACAUGAAUCUGUAGCCGCACUUCUGAUCAAGAAUGGUGCAAGUGUUACAGCUGAGGACAAGGACGGAUGGACGGCACUACAUGUAGCUUGUCAGAAUGGACAUGAAUCUGUAGCCGCACUUUUGGUCAAUAGUGGUGCAAGUGUUACAGCUGAAGACAAGUACGGAUGGACGGCACUACAUCGAGCUUGUCAGGACGGACAUGAAUCUGUAGCCGCACUUCUGAUCAAGAAUGGUGCAAGUGUUACAGCUGAGGACAAGGACCGAUGGACGGCACUAUAUGUAGCUUGUCAGAAUGGACAUGAAUCUGUAGCCGCACUUCUGAUCAAGAAUGGUGCAAGUGUUACAGCUGAGGAGAAGGACGGAUGGACGACACUACAUGUAGCUUGUCAGAAUGGACAUGAAUCGGUAGCCGCACUUCUGAUCAAGAGUGGUGCAAGUGUUACAGCUGAACACAAAGACGGACGAACGGCAUUACAUCAAGCUUGUCAGAAUGGAGAUGAAUCUGUAGCCGCACUUCUGAUCAAGAAUGGUGCAAGUGUUACAGCUGAGGAGAAGGACGGAUCGACGGCACUACAUCUAGCUUGUCAGAAUGGACAUGAAUCUGUAGCCGCACUUCUGAUCAAGAAUGGUGCAAGUGUUACAGCUGAGGACAAGGACGGAUGGACGGCACUAUAUGUAGCUUGUCAGAAUGGACAUGAAUCUGUAGCCGCACUUCUGGUCAAUAGUGGUGCAAGUGUUACAGCUGAAGACAAGGACGGAUGGACGGCACUACAUCGAGCUUGUCAGGACGGACAUGAAUUUGUAGCCGCACUUCUGAUCAAGAAUGGUGCAAGUGUUACAGCUGAACACAAAGACGGAUGGACGGCAUUACAUCGAGCUUGUCAGAAUGGACAUGAAUCUGUAGCCGCACUUAUGAUCAAGAAUGGUGCAAGUGUUACAACUGAGGACAAGGACGGAUGGACGGCACUACAUGUAGCUUGUCAGAAUGGACAUGAAUCUGUAGCCGCACUUCUGAUCAAGACCGCACUUCUGAUCAAGAGUGGCGCUAGUGUUACAGCUGAGGACGAGGACGGAUGGACGGCACUAGAUCUAGCUUGUUUGAAUGGGAAUGAAUCUGUAGCCGCACUUCUGGUCAAGAAUUGUGCAAGUAUUACAGCUGAGGACAAGGACGGAUGGAAUAAAGAGUAA